AGGUAGACACACUGGCUAUAGUGUUGUGUUGUCUCUCUCCUCAGUGUUGAAGCUGUUGAAGAUGGCUACAGGGAUGAGAGCUCUUCUGGACACGGUCAUGCAGGCCUUGCCACAGGUGGGGAAUCUGGGUCUGCUCUUCAUGUUGCUGUUCUUCAUCUACGCAGCACUGGGAGUUGAGCUGUUUGGGAAACUGGAGUGUAACGACAGUAAUCCGUGUGAGGGUCUGAGUCGCCACGCCACCUUUGAGAACUUUGGGAUGGCGUUUCUCACGCUGUUCAGAGUCUCAACUGGGGACAACUGGAACGGCAUCAUGAAGGACACGCUGCGUGAGUGUCGUCCAGAGGAGCGCUCCUGUCUGACCUACCUUCCUCUGAUGUCUCCGGUUUACUUCGUGACCUUCGUCCUCAUGGCCCAGUUCGUGCUGGUCAACGUGGUGGUGGCUGUGCUGAUGAAACACCUGGAGGAGAGCAACAAGGAAGCCAAGGAGGACGCAGAGAUGGACGCCGAGAUUGCGCUGGAGAUGGAGAGAGCUAGACGUCUUAGCUCCGCCUCUAACGCGUCGGCGCCAGGCGGGGCCUACGUGGGGCCGCGCCCACACUCACCUGGUCAGGAGGAGGAGGGUCAGUGCAACCAGGAGGAGGAGCUUCUGGCCCCAAGGAAGAUGUCCGUAUCCAGGAUGCAUUCUCUCCCUAACGACAGCUACAUGUUUCCUCCUGUACGAUGUGCUGGCGCCCCCUACCCUCUACAGGAACACAGCAGCCCCCUGCACCAAGCCUCAGGCUCUGUGACAUCGGUGCACUCCCAGCCUAGCGAAGACCAGGCUGUACUGCCCGGCCUCUCUCACCCUGUUCCCCCUCACAUCGCCCCGCCAAGGCCCUCGCCCAGGGGGCUGCGUGGACAGGUGGCUGUGAAGGUUCAGAGUGUUGCCUCAGUAGACAGACAGGACCCCCUCUCAACCCUCCGCCUGCUCUCCCCCCCCCCCUCCCCCCCCCCUCCCGCCCCCCUCUCCCCCCUUCCUCUCGGAUCCCGCCGACGAGGAGGUGUGGCACAUCACCAGCUCAGCGCGCCAUUGGUGGGACAGACAUGGAAGUGGGCGGUGUCACUCCCUCUCCCCCUACGCCUCCCCCGACUCCCCACCCUCCCUGAGGAGCCGAGGGAGUGCGCUCAGCCUGCUGGGUGCGGGGCUACAAGCUCACGACCCGAGGAAGGGCUUCAGCGUAGACACCCAGGGCUUCCUGGAUAAACCCCGUUGUCCUGACGACCAGCGACGACACUCCAUCGAGAUCUGCCCGUCCCCUCCGGAGGACCCGCUGCUAGGGGAGGUGGACGGGGAAGAGAGGAGGCCCCGGGGUCAGGGGUCAGAGGUUAGAGGUCACAGGAAGAAGAGGAUGAGCCCACCCUGCAUCUCCAUCCACCCCCCGGAGGUAGACUGCAACCCGCUGCUGAGACGCAGGACCCCCUCCUACGACGUCGCCGACGCACACACUCCCACACACACCCCGACACACACACACACACACCGCCUGCCCCAUGCGCACACUCUUAUCCGUACACAUACUCUACCUCAUUCACACACACACACUCCGUCCCCCACACACACCCUGUCCCUGAACUCCGACACGAGACCUUCCUCUCUCUACAGUGACUACAAGCCCCUCCCACAGUUCACCUUCGACCAACCGGAGCACAGAUACACGAGUGGCAUGUCCGCUGGCCUAUCGAGCAAUGAACCAGCCACAAGUCCCUCGCACUUUAACAGCAGGGCGGGGUUUAGCUCGAUGAACAGGAGAACUGCCCAAUGAGAGACAGAGCCUGGUACUGUAGUAGGAGAGGGAUUCGUCAGAAAGACUAAACCCCAUCCAGAGGGUGUGGCCUGAUCUGGACAGAGACGGGUUGGAUGGAGAGAGAGAGAGAACGGGGAGAGAAGAGGAGAGGGAGAGAGAGAGGGAGAGAGAGAGAGAGAGAGA